UCUCGUGGCCCUGCCCAGAAUGCCCAGAGUGCUCCAGCAGCUGGGCAGGGAGCAGUUGUGGACACAGAGAGUGCUCUUUCAGCCCCUGAGCGAGGGGCAGAUACCGUGCUGACUCCGAGCUGGUACCUCAAGCGGAUGAACGAUGACAAGGUUCCUGAAGAGUUCCCUGAAGGAUUGCCGGAUGUUCCAGAGGAGCUCCUGGCAGCCUUGCAUGAAGCCCCAUCUGAGACAGAUUCGGAGACUGUGCCGGAGACCUUAGCUGUGGAAGAAAGUGACAUUGUGCCAGGCUCACAUGAAAAAAGAGAACCAAUAGAGGACACCAGGACACUUGCUGAGCCUGAGGAAUAUUCAGGGUCAUCCGGUGGGCAAAAAGCCGAGACUGCUGGACACCGUGACCCGAGCAAGUACUACAUCCUAGUAGGGACAGUAGCAGCCUCAGCUUUGCUUCUGCUUGGGGCAGUGUCUGGCUAUCUAGUCAUGCAUCAGCUGCUGAAGAGAGACAGGAGGAGCCAGGAGGACAAAGAGGCAACAGGACAGGACUGGGACUCUUCCUGGGAAAGCUGUGGUCAGCCUAGAGGUGAAGCAGAGCCAGGAGAAGGAGCGGGAAGUGGCGAGAGAGCCCAAGGCAACGGGUUCAGGGACAGCUGCCGCCUGUUUCCUGAGCUCUUUGCAGCAGAGCUCGCCCAGCUGUACAAGAACAUGAGCGCAGACCCGUCACCUCUGCCCACCUGCUCCUUCUGUUCUCUGGCUGACAACGCCUCUUCACGGGACCACUGGAUUUCCCUGGAGUCACCUCAGCCCACAGCAUCCUCUUGGCCCUCCUACCACCAAUACCUGCAGGACUACUAUCUCUUAGAGGAUGAUGAUUAGUGAUAGUGAUAGCCAUAGAUAGUGAUAGUGAUAGCCAUAGAUAGUGAUAGUGGUAGUGAUUCUUUUAGUGAUAGUGAUAGGGACGCUUGAUAUUAGAGGGUGGUGGUUGUUUUAAUGAUAGUGAUAGUUAAUAUUAGAGGAUAGUGAUGGUUUUAAUGAUAGCGUUCUUUAAUAUUAGGGGAUAGUGAUUGUUUCAAUGAUAGCGUUACUUGAUAUUAGAGGAGGGUGAUUGUAUUAGUGAUAGUGAUAGUCAUAAAUAGUGAUAGUGGUAGUGAUUCUUUUAGUGAUAGUGAUAGGGAUACUUGAUAUUAGAGGGUGGUGGUUGUUUCAAUGAUAGUGAUAGUUAAUAUUAGAGGAUAGUGAUUGUUUUAAUGAUAGCGUUCUUUGAUAUUAGAGGACAGUGAUUGUAUUAGCGAUAGUGAUAGUUAAUAUUGGAGGAUGGUGAUUGUUUUUGUGAUAGUGGUACAUUUAGUGAUAGUGAUACUUGGUAUUAGCAGACAAUGAUUGUUUUCUUGAUCUUGAUAAAUAAAUAUUUUUCCAAAAGCAGUAA